AUGGAUCCUGAGAGACUGUGGCAUAACCAUGACAUUCUCUGCGAAAUCUUUGAGCACUUAUCCUUGUCCGAUGACUGGGAUGCAGAACCGCCUGAUCUGAAUUCUCUGGCAUCCUGCGCUCGUGUUUGUAGGGCAUUUCUUGACCCUGCACUAGACGGUGUGUGGCGCGAGCUCCGUUGCAUCGACUAUCUUCUGGCUGUGUUCUCUGCCUUUCGGAAAGAUCAGAGAGGCACCUAUCGCCUGGACGGAGAUGUUACUGCGGAAGAAUGGAGCCGUUAUCAUUACUACGCUCGCCGUGUUCGCAUACUUUGGUACGAUUGCGGACACAGUCUAUCUACCCUGCUUGCAGACCUGGCUAGUCAUGCUGGAGAUGUGCAACUUUUCCCUUCUCUGAAGAUUAUCAGAAUCGGCUCAAUCGACCAUCUGGAUUCAAGUUUACAGUAUUUGCUGUCUCCCACCGUGCGCUCCGUCUUCAUCGACGACUUAGAAACAUCACAUGCACAUCAUCAGGAAGACAUUAGGGGGACUUUCCUAUACCACCUCUUCCAUAAAUCACCUCUUCUGGAAGAACUGGAUUUCACACACCCAUCUCUUCCGUAUCCGAUGGCCUCCUUUAGGGAUAUAACCCUGUGCAAUUAUUUGGUCCAGUUAACGGUCGAUGUUCCAUCUGUGGACCUUGAUACACUGCGGGCUAUUUCCAAGCUUGAAAGUCUACUCGACUUCUCCAUAUCUUGCCGUAUCCUGGGUGACAGUAUUCCAGCAUGCUCUGGAUUCAGUAACCUCCACCAUCUGCAGGUGCAUGGCAAAUUACCAAACAUUAAAGCCAUUUUGGCGUGUAUUUCUCCUCCGCAUCUUCAAAAGCUUUUCGUCUCCCACAUAGCCACUUACAGGAUGCGAGAAGACUUUGCGAGCAGGUACACCGAUGUUGUGGAGGUAUUGUCCUCAAAGCAUCGCGCGUUGCGGGACAUCACAUUCCGGGGCAUUUCUCCUGCACCGAGUUCAGUCGACGAAAAAUCCGCCCUGAAUAUUUUUCGUCCACUGCUGCAGUUGCAUGACCUGCAGAACAUCAAUUUGAACUUCGACUACAGGACUCUAGGUUUAUCAGACGAGGAUUUACACUCCAUAGCGUCUGCCUGGCCGCGUCUGACGUCGUUCUCUUUGUCAUACGGCAAAAGUACCGCCGUACCGUCAUUCGACGCACUCGACCAUCUGGCCCGUUGUUGUCCUGAGUUGACGAAACUCAGACUACCUUCCCUGGACCUCAGGUCCUUUCCCAGACUGGAAGGUAUCCGCUCUACGUCCAAUUAA